AUGGGGCUGCUGAGCAUCUUGAAGAAGAUGCGGCAAAAGGAGCGGGAGCUGCGACUGCUGAUGCUUCGAGUCAGAGAUUACAGUCCCCUUUUCUCUUAUCUUUGUUCCUUCCUUCCACCCUCCCCAGGCUCCCCAGAUGCUCUCUGGCAGAUCCUCCAGCUGUCCGAUGAUAUCCGAGCCUCUCCCGACCUCAAGGCUGCCCUCGCCAUCCACUGGGCUUUCCUGGAACGCGAUUUUGCCCGUUUCUUCCGCCUGGCCCGGGAGCUCCCUUACCUCCCCAGCUGCGCCCUCCAUCCCCACCUGGCCAGAACCCGCCGCUUGGCAUUGCUCACUUUUAGCCACGGCUUCAAUGCAAAAAACUGCCGGUACCCCCUGGCCCGGCUGAGCCACCUGCUGGCUAUCGACACCCCGGAAGAGGCCGCUGACUUAUGCCGGGCGCACGGCUUGACCGUCACGGAGGACAGCGUCGUCUUCCAGAAAUCCUCCUUCAAGGAUUCGGCUACUUUGGAAAACCGGACUUCCGUGCUCCUCGUGGACGGGAAAUGGAAGGGGAGUCUGUUGGAUCUCGCGGAGAGGGUCUGCAGCUAAGGCAGCGUGUGUGUGUCACGCUGCAGUGCGCGUGCGCACAAGUCUCCUGUUCAGGCACGAAAGAAUAAUUUGCCUUGAAACGCUUGCUGCCGUUUGCAAACCUCUCUCUGUAUGUAGAAAGCUAGCUCUUCAGGGAUGUUGCAAGCAGCAAAUUAUUGUUUACAGCC